GCGUAGCUGCACGACCAACUGCGCGCGCUGAGCGACCAGGUCGCGGCGGCGGUCGCUGGUCGCCACGCCUCGUUUCGCCGCCACAGGUGCACCUCCGCCCUCGUCGCUUGGGUGGGCCUUAUACACAAGACGUUUGCGCAAGCGUUUUCAAUGUCGUUUGCAGCGCGGGCGCAUGACCACGGCCGCUGUGGCCCCGGGCGCCCGCUAUCCAGCGCGCUGUGCUCGGCGCAGGGGUGUAUCGAGACGCUCAAGGACCUUUGCAACCUCUGCUUUGACGAGUUGACGCUGCCGGCGCUGACGUCGGCGUGCGGACGCUGCGCGACCAAGUGCUGCGACUCAUGCCUGUCGCGGUGGUACGCUGCCGUGCAGCCGGGCAAGAUGGUGCUCGCGUCCAACCUCGGGUGUCCGUUCUGCCGUCGGGCGCCCACGCUCGGUGUGCUCCGCAAGCACAACCGGCAAGCGUGCGCACUUGUCGCCUCCAAAUCAAUGACGUGGCGAGCGGAUAUGUACUAUGGCUGGUGCCUCGGCUGCUACAAGGUCAAGGAGCUGGUCGAGCGCACCUGCGCGGCCGAGCCGCCCCACGACGUCGCCACGUUCCGCUGCACCGAGUGUGUCACCGCCCAAUUGGCCGCCUCGGGUCCUGCGACGAUGGCGUGCCCCGGGUGCUCUGUCGAGACGGAGAAGACGGGCGGCUGCAACCACAUCACGUGCAACUGCGGCCAGCACUGGUGCUACGUGUGCGCCGCUGGCUUCGACUCGGCCGACGACGUCUACGCACACCUCUACGCGAUACACCGGGGCAUCUAUGAUUUUGACGACCACGAAUAGUCCACCGAGUCGAUGGAUAGCCGUAAAUGAAAAAUGAAAAAGGCAGGUUCCU